AUGUUUGAUGAACUGUGGCAGUUCCCAAAUUGCUUAGGUGCAAUGGAUGGGAAACAUGUUGCGAUUGCUGCACCAAGAUCAGCUGACUCACUUUAUUAUAAUUACAAAAAAUUUAAUAGCAUUGUAUUACUAGCAAUCGUUGAUGCUAAGUAUUGGUUUUCUCUGAUUGACAUUGGGUGCAAUGGGCGAGUAAGCGAUGGAGGAGUCUUUCAGCAAUGUAAAAUAAGCUCUGCACUAAGGGAAAAUUGGUUGCAAGUUCCACAAGAAAAAGUGCUAAAAAACAGCAACAUAUCUCUUCCACAUGUUGUUGUGGCAGAUGACGCUUUCAGACUCCAGUCAUACAGCAUGAAGCCCUAUAAAGACUAUAAAAAUGAAACUCACAAAAAUGUUUUCAAUUACAGAUUAUCAAGGGCAAGACGAGUUGUUGAAAAUGCCUUUGGUAUUCUGAGCAACCUUUUCUGAAUAUUACUGACAACUAUUAAACUUGCUGUAGACAAAGUGGAAUUAAUUACGGAAACACUUUGCAUUUUACAUAUUUUUUUAGAUUGAUGAAACAGACAGCACAUAUAUGUCAACCAGAGACGUGGAAAACACGGAGUCUUGUACGAUGGAGGAAGGGUCAUGGCGUGCUGGUGCUC